GACACAAUGCGGCACCCGGACCACAAAAUAACCCCCAAAACACGAAAUCAGAUGCACGCUUUAACUAACCUUUUUUCAUGAAGUUGAUCAACCCUUGAUGAUUCACCCAGACGAAUCCUACAAAACAUGGAAUCGGGGUGUCGCCCGGUUCAAUAACAAGGAGUUCGCCCAAAAAAUCUAGCUUAUAAAGAAACCCUCAAUCUCGUCGACUUCCAAAGGGGCAGACAGUGGAAAAGAGAGAAAGGUUUCGUAGAGAAACCUUGCAUAGGAAACGUCAAGAAAAGAGCGCAUAAACUCUCCUUCGAAGUCAUCGAACAAGAAAUUCACUAAUGCCUCCGUUAGAGGGCCCACAGGCGGUAUACCAACCGCCACUGACGAGGACCAGUCUUCCCCCUUUUCGUCUAAUAUUUAUAAUGUUAUAAAAGACGAAAUGAAUGCUAAAACAUACAUAUUAACUUACAAUUUAUAUAUAAUAAAAAAAUCAUACAUAUUAAACAUGUAAAAAUUAUAUAAAAAAGAGCAUCAUGUGCUGAAUACCUUCUGCUUGUGUAUAGAUUACAAUUUUAUGUAUUAUUUUAUAAGCAUUGAAUGAACAAAAUCCAGAACCCCAGCCUUUUUACAGAUUGGGUCCACGCACUCGAGCACAAACAGUCAGAGACACACUCCUCGGCUCCUCCAGCUCUAGCCGCUGAUGAUCGCCGUUCCGAUCGCCAGCUUCUAUCCAGGAACUUACAGAUGAGUUGCUUGUAAUUUUCAAAGGGGUAAAUGGAUACCAGCUUACCUGUACAGAAUGAGCAUUUCCUAGAGUUAUCACUUGCAAAUGCUCUUGGGUGAGAGAAUUAUUUUCAGCCAAACAAAUAAUGGGGACAAAACAUGACCUCAUACUAGACUUGACUUCCUCUCAAACAGAAGAUCAGCAUUUGUGAUCGAGUUGGUAUGUUCUCUCUCUGAAGAAUCUGCUGCAUUGUGUUGAAAACAGAGUUUUUAAUCCAGCCAAAGAACCUAUGAACAAUACAAGGAAACAUCAAAAGUCUAUUGAGAUGGAAAACCAAACAAAGAUAGAUAGGAUCAGUAAUCUACCAUGGGAUGUCUUAGAUAUCAUCCUUGUGCACCUGCCGCUAAGAGAGGCUGCAAGGACUAGUGUCUUGUCAAGUAAAUGGAGAUAUAAGUGGACUGGCCUUUCUCAGUUUGUUUUUGAUGAUAAAUGCAUCCAUAGUUCUAUGGUAGACAAGGCAGCCAGAUGGAUGGAGAUUAUGAAAAUCAUUAAUAAGGUUCAAUCCAGUCACAGUGGUCCAAUAGAGAAGUUCAAGCUUGCUGCUUAUUGCUGUCCAAACCAGUCUGAUUUUGAUCAAUGGAUAGCUUUUUUAACAAAGAAAGGUAUUAAGGAGUUAAUUAUCCAGGAUUUCAGUUUUAUAAAACGUUUUAAGCUGCCUUCUUGUGUUUUCUGUUGUCCAAAGCUCAGCUGCUUGGAGCUCUUUGGCUGUAUAUUCAAGCUUCCUGCUUUUUUCAAAGGAUUUGAUUGCCUUAAAAGCCUCAAGCUUAGUCAAGUCUUUAUAGUAAGUGAUACACUUGAAAGUUUAAUCUGCAACUGCCCUGCUCUUGAGAGAUUAACUCUGUUGAAUAUCGAUCAUUUAGCUUUUGUGAGGAUCCAUAAUCCAAACCUAAAAUACUUGAAACUAGAUUCUAAAUUUGAAGACAUCUGUUUUGGAUAUAAUCCACUUCUAGUUAGUGUUGAUAUUCGCAUGAUUCCUAUGUAUGGAUGGACGAUACCUUGGCGUCCUGAGCAAGGGAAAGUUUGCAAUUUAAUCAGAGUUUUGGGUAGUUUUGGUGGUAUAAACAGGCUCUGUUUGUAUGGUCAAUUUCUUGAGUUUCUAGCUAAUGAGGAUGUCCCACAAAGACUCCCUACCAUGCUCAACUGCCUCUCAGCUCUUGAAAUAAGAGAAGUAAGGUUUACUAGUCUAAGGGAUGUCAUGUCUUUAAUUUCUAUACUUAGAAGCUCUCCAAAUUUAAAAGAUCUUCUUAUAACGGUGGAAACUUUGGAUGAGGUGCAUAAACCUGUUAUGGAUUUUGUCAUAUCACAGUGCCUCUAUGAUUUCUAUCUCAACCAACUCAAAGUAGUAAACAUUAGAGGCAUUGUUGGGACAAGAACUGAAUUGGAAUUCAUAAAACUUUUGCUUGCUCAUUCGCCAAUGUUGGAAUCAAUGACUAUUGUGAAAUACAGCGGCGAAAGGAUUUUAGAAUCAGUGUUGCUGCAACUUGAGCGGGCUUCAGAGCAUGUGAAGUUUAUAAGUUUGACCCUAUAAGCCUUUCAUCUUCAAGGUUUCUGUUCUUAAAAAAUGACUUAACCAUGAAAGUGCCUUGCAUGUAAAUUGUGAUCCUUUUUUUUCCUAAACUGGUAAUGCCUGUUUAGCUAUCUAGUAUCAACUAUAUGCAAGUGCGCUUUCUUUUGAGCCCUAAAAUACAAAUAGCCAGAGACAUGGUUCAAGGUGCACUUUCUGGAUAUCUGCAUGUAUAGUGUACACUUUUUAACUGCGAAAUGCAGGGGAAAACGAUUCUGAAGCUUUAAAUUAUCAAGAAAAUUGAAGUCUUUACAAUAUGAA